UUCUGCCAGAAAUAGCCAUCAGGAGCCCUCCUGCCCUCCCUUAGCCCCAACAAGUUACAGUGUUGCCCUAGUGAAUUAGGAAUUGAACUUCCUCAGAGACGGGGUCUUCUGCAACUCCAGGACUGGAGUGACAGGGAAGAUCCACACACCCUGUGAGCACCAUUGUGUCCCAUGAGUGCUGCACUGGGCUCCACAGCAUACAUCAGGGAUCCUGGGUGACAGUACCUGGUAUCUUGUCCCCACAGAGGCAGGGAUUGGAAAAUCAGUUUCUCUGGCUGAGGGUCAGAGGCUCACCACAUUUCUGCUGCUCACUGUGGUGAUGGCUGUUCACCUGGAUGGACAGUUAAUGCUGGACAGAAAGAUGGCCACAGUGCUUGGGACAUGAUGGUGGCAACUGACAUUUCUGGUGCCUUUCAUGUAGACCGUUCCUCUUAAUUUCUUAUUUUUAUGUGAAUUUAAUCACAUAUAUAAAUGAAUUAUUUUCCAUUCCUUCAUCCUUUUCCUACAUAACUUAUGCUAUAGAACAUCACAUAAGAAGACCAUGUUGACCUGCUGGCUCAUGUGGAUUUCCUCUUAGCUUCUGAGUCUUCUCAGGAAACUGUGCAGUUCUGUGAUGAGGGGACCAGCUCUACCUGCAGGUCACUAGUGUGAUGACAGAAGUGUUCAAGCAGACACACAGUUCAGUGUCAUCAUUGAUUUAACUUUGUCUUUGCAGGUUUCAGUUUAUCUUGUUAAUUGUGGGAUUUCUUAAAUCUUCCACACAGAUCCCCCAAAGGCACAUGUGACCCAUCAUCCUGGACCUAAAGGUGACGUCACCCUGAGGUGCUGGGCCCUGGGCUUCUAUCCUGCCUUCAUCACCAUGACCUGGCAGAGGGAGGAGGAGGAACAGACUCAGGACAUGGAGCUGGUGGAGACCAGACCUUCUGGGGAUGGAACCUUCCAGAAGUGGGCAUCUCUGGUGGUGCCUUCUGGGGAAGAGCACAAAUACACAUGCCAUGUGCACCAUGAGGGGCUGCCUGAGCCCCUGACCCUGAGAUGGGAGCCUCCUCAGUCCACAGUCCCCAUCAUGGCAGUGAUUGCUGGUCUGGUUCUCCUUGGAGCUGUGGUCAUUGGAGCUGUGGUGGCUGUUGUGAGGAAGAGGAGGAGAAACACAGGUGGAAAAGGAGGGGACUAUGCUCCAGCUCCAGGUAAGAGUGGUGGGCAGGAUUGUCCCUGAGGCCUUUGGGUUGAAACUGAAUUAUUUGG